AUGAAAUUAGGAUAUAAUGAAAUAAUGAUAACAUCAAUGUAUUUUAAUGAUAUUAAUGAUUUUAUUAAUUUAGAAAUGGGUGUUAAAAGAUUUCAAGGAAAUAUGGAACGAUUUCAUUUUAAUCCAAUUCCUUUAAAUCAUUAUUCAAGAAAAUUGUUUCCUAAUAUUGAAACAUUUCAUAUUUAUAAUAAAGAAGAUAAAAUAUUUAAUGAUGGAAAAAUAUUUAAAAAAAUAAUAUGGUACAAAGUAGAUUAUUCAACAUAUUUAAAAGAAAAAGAACAAGGAAAUAUAUGUAAAAAUAUAGAAUAUACAAAAGAAGAUAGAUGGAAAUAUGGAAAUACAAUACCACCAGAAGUUAAAUCACUUGGAUAUGAAUGUUUUUAUGAAUGUUCAUUAUUAACAACAAUUAAUAUACCAUCAUCUGUUAAUGAAUUAGGAUAUGAUUGUUUUAAUGGAUGUAAAUCAUUAAAAUCAAUUAAUAUACCAUCAUCUGUUAAUAAAAUAGGAAGUUAUUGUUUUUAUCACUGUUUAUCAUUAACAUCAAUUAAUAUACCAUCAUCAGUUAUAUCAAUAGGAGAUGGUUGUUUUUCAGGAUGUUCAUCAUUAACAUCAAUUAAUAUAGAUAAUAUACAAUUUAUCAGUGAAGAAAGAAUAUUUAUGAAUGAACCAGUGUUAAUUAGUAUUAAAAUACCUGACAAUCUAGAAAUAAUUAAUGGAAAGAAUAUUUUCAAGAAAGAUAUCAAUGAAUUUAUUAUUCCUUCUUCAAUUACUAAAUUAGGAUAUGGUUGUUUUUCUAACUGUGAUUCAUUAACAACAAUUAAUAUACCAUCAUCAAUUAAAGAAAUAGGAGAUUAUUGUUUUGAUGGAUGUUCAUCAUUAAAAUCAAUUAACAUACCAUCAUCAGUUAUAUCAAUAGGAGAUGGUUGUUUUUCAGGAUGUUCAUCAUUAACAUCAAUUAAUAUACCAUCAUCAAUUAUAUCAUUUGGAAAUAGUUGUUUUUGUGGAUGUGAAGAAGAAUUAAAGAGGAAUGAAAGAAUACCAAGCUAUUGCUUUGAUGAAUAG